GCCCCUCAAACUCACAUGUGCCACCGGGAUCUGUUUGUAAAUUUGUGAUUUGUUGGUGGUUUUCUUUAUUCUCUUCGUUGUUUAGAAGCUUAAGAAUGGGACGCUUCGGUCCGACAAAACGUAAAAUACCGGUCCCGAAACGGCACGGUGUGCGGGAUCCACUGAAGCGCCUAGCAGAAAAGGAGGCCGCCAUUAAAGACAAAAUCAAUAACCCGCCGAAAGAGCACGACGUGCAGGAAGUUUCAAAUUCAUUCAAGCGCUUCAUACAACUCAAGGAAAAAGCGCACAAUGAUCCAGGAUACACGAGACAGCGCGACCGACCGAAGAUCAGCAUCGGUAGCACGGUGGUGCAAAAACAGGCCAAAGAAACGGAAUCGUCGUUCCUGCUGCGGGCCACCACGAUGCAGAAGGAGCGGGAAGCGGAAGUAAACUUUGGUGCAAAGUAUGGCGUCGAGGUCGAGCGCGACGAGCUUACCGGAGCGAUCCACAUUCGCAAACGGAAGGGCGCGGAAGUGGACGCUAUGCUGAAGAAACGGCUCCGAAACUCCAAAGCCGGAAAGGACGGCAAAAAGGGUGCAAAGAUACGGGAAGAAACGAAGGCCAAAAAACUCACACUGAGCGAGAAGAAGGCAAAGAAAAAGGAAAAGGAGCUGGAAAAGAAACGCCGUGAAGAGGAUUUGCUGUUGCGCGAGUACCAGUACGACAAAGUUGAGUUUGGCGAGGUGGUUAAGGGGCCACCGACGCUGAACACGUUACCUCGACGAGCCGACAAACAGAACGGUGCCGCACGGCCUGGAAGUAAACGCCUACUGCUGCAUGCAAUGAUAGAACCACAGUCAGACGGGGUGGACGAUCAACAGCAAACACCAUCGAAGAAGGCUAAACCAGCGGUAACGACGAAAAUUGAUCUAAAGGGUAAACGGAAGAAUCUUCCGGUCGCAACACGAAUGAAGAUCGAACGGGAACAACAAAACGUGAUCGAGAUGUACCGUCAGCUAAAGAAGAAUGCGCAAAGUAAAAAAUAAACUACUUUCUAGGACGUUUA